AACAUUGGCACUCAAGUUAAGUUGGCUGCGAUUUACCCCACUUCCUUUUCCGUGUUAGCUGUGAAAGAAAAAACAUGCCGCUAGCAAAAGAUCUUCUGCACCCUCUGCCCGCUGAGGAGAAGCGCAAGCACAAGCUGAAGCGCCUGGUCCAGCACCCUAACUCGUACUUCAUGGACGUCAAGUGCCCCGGCUGCUACAGGAUUACCACCGUCUUCAGCCACGCCCAGGGCGUUGUGGUCUGCGCUGGAUGCGCAACCAUUCUGUGCCAGCCCACUGGAGGACGCGCCAAGCUGACAGAAGGCUGCUCUUUCCGCAGGAAGCCACAGUAAAAUGGGACUCGCGAUGAACCACAAAUUAUUAAUUUUUUAAUAAAAUCUAUAAAACGUAAAGAAACCACAGAACCGAUCCGAAAGAAAGCCUGUUGUAAUUCGAUUGCUGCGGUCCUUUGGUUCAAUGUGCUUUGUGAAUUAAAGAAUUAACGAUCUUGUGGUUGGCUACGUGAAAAAAACA